GCGCGCGCUCUGGGGCGCGCGCUCUGGGACCCGCGCGGCCUCCAGGGGAUAGAGCGGCAAGAGGCCCUCGGGGCAGGGGCGUACGCUCGGGGGGUCUCAUCCGAGGGGCCCGGAGCGGGCAAGCACUCGGCACCCGUGCGGCGGGCUGGGGAGGGGCGUGCGCGCUCGGGACUGCCCCACUGGUCACUCAGAGGGUGGGAGGGGGCGAGGGCCGGCGCGCGGGCCGGCGCGCACACGAACCUGAGCGGCUCGCCGGAUACGGGAGCGCGCUCCGCCUCCGCCCCCGCCCCUAUUGCCCGGAGGGUGGGAGUGGGCGGGGCACGCGCUCGGACCACGCGCUGCGCUGCGGGGUCUGGGGGCGGUUGGGGACCGCGAUGCGAUGUCCGGCCCUUUCACCCGCGCCAGCGCCGGGCGGCCCUGGGAGGCUCGGGCGCGCCAACCGUCCGCUCCGGGAGGCCGAGUCCCGGCAGUUAAUGGAGCUGGAUGCUGGUGAUCGCCGGUUUCGUCAAAGCAGCUCCCUCCGGGGACUUUGAUCAGGUGAAUGGGCCGCAAGAGAAAGCUCGGAGACCACUGGACAGGAAGAGUGCGGGGUCCAGUCCUCGUUAAGGAGGGGCAAAGAGUCGCCACUCUGGUCUCUCUGCCUUCAGUGGUCAGGGACCAGUGCCAGACUGGAUGUGGUGGGACAGUUGUCACUGAGCCGGUAUUGUGCUCCGGUCUGCAGUGUGGUUGGGAUUCCCAGAUUUCGUUGACAACCGCUCCGAUGGGAAUGGGACGGACGUCUGGCCGGCUGCGUACUGUGUGGGGAGCGCGCACCAUGCUGCUCUACCGCCUCGCGGCCUGGGGCCUGGCCGCCCUGCUCUGCGUGGAGGGUGCCGUCCUGCUCUACUCCCCGUCCGUGUCCAGGUGUGAGCGGGACCUGGAGCACGCUGUCCCCCACUAUGUCACCACGUACUUGCCGCUGCUGCUGGUCUUCGUGGCCAACCCCAUCCUGUUCUGGAAGACGGUGACCGCGGUGGCCUCUCUCCUAAAAGGAAGACAGGGCAUUUACACAGAGAACGAGCGGCGGAUGGGUGCCAUGAUCAAGAUCCGGUUUUUCAAAAUAAUGCUGGUUUUCUUCAUUUGUUGGCUGCCGAACGUCAUCAAUGAGAGCCUUCUCUUCUAUCUUGAAAUGCAAGCAGACAUCAACGGCAGCUCUUUGAAACCUGUCAGAAAUGCGGCCAAGACCACGUGGUUUAUUAUGGGGAUACUGAAUCCGGCCCAAGGGUUUCUCUUGUCCUUGGCCUUCUACGGCUGGACGGGCUGCAGCCUGGAGUUUCGGUCCCCCAGGAAGGCGAUCCAGUGGGAGUCCGUGGUGACAUCUGCUGGCGAGCGGACCUGCCUGUCCCCCGAGGGCUCCCACGUGCCCUGUGAGCAUCCGACCUGCAGGAAGGCAGCGGGGGUCGGCGGGCACACGUCGGACGAGGCGCUGAGCAUGCUGUCUGAAGGUUCCGAGGCCAGCACAGUUGAAAUCCACGUCGCCCGGGAGCCCCGCCACGAAAGGGAGGUUGACUCUGUUCCCCAGCCCCGGGGAGACCUGUGAGGGGUGCGACGGGUGUCUGGACGCCACGUCCUCGGCCUCCGUUUCUCGGUCUUCAGAAGCGCGUUCUGCCCCCAGAUCUGCUGCCCCCACCCCAUCAGGGUUUCCUCCCGAGGAGUGUCUGUGCGGCGAGGGUCCUCGAGCAGGGUCGGGAGCGGAGGGGGAGCGGCUUCUCCAGACUCCUAUGGCCCUUGGCUUUUCCGAGGGGGCCGCCGGCCGUGGGCGCGCAGAUCCGGGCCUUGCAGAACUCGAGUGAAUAAACGAGCGUCGCUGUGACCGA